CAGCUCACUUAACCUUUUCCCCAUCUUUAUUCUCCCUUUUCUCGGGUUGGAUUCCGCUGAUGUACUCCGUACUCGCUUUUUCGCACUCUUCCAUCCCUUUCGGACCCCGAUCUCGAUCCUUGGAGCUCGGUUGAUCGCGGUCCGUGGUGGAGUGCAGCUCUCCGAGGUGGAUUUUGGCGUUGGAUUUUGUUUCCUCAGCUCAAAGUUGGAGUUUUUUUUUUGUGAAUCUCCUCGUGUCCUUUGCGUCGCCACUGUUCCGUAAUAGUUUGGUUGAUUGAUUGAUUGAUGUGCCUUGUGGAACGAAUUGGAUUUCUGAUGAUUCUUUUUUGCUUUGAUUUCCACCUAAUACGCCUGCCAUGGUUUGGUUUCGUCUAAAGAUCGGAGCCUUUUUUUAGCGCUCAGCCCAAUCUGGGGUCAGCUUCUUCUGUUCUCCACUGGAAAUUCUCCUGCAAUUAAGUCCGGAGAGGAGUCUUUCUCACGCCUGUGACAUGAUGUUGUUCUCUGUGGCCUCGGCCUUGGCUACUCGUUGAAUGAUUUCCGGAGCAGGAAAGAGAUGGAUCUGCCGGAUUCUCUUCCAGGUUGUAUGGGUAGGAUGAUUGGCUUAUUUGACUUGACUGCCGGCAUGACCAAAACCAAACUUCUCACCGAGAAACCACACAUGGAUGCUGCUCUUGGAUCUGCAGUUGGUAGGAAUUGUUCUGAUGCGGUUAAGAAGCCAAUAUAUCCUGCUGUAGCCGAGACGCAGGACAAACAACUGAUAGUAAAUGAACAAAGGAGCGGUUCCUCGAACAAGAACUCAGGCCGAACCCCGAUUAAGAUGCUAUUAUCCCAGGAGAUGCAGGGCGAUGCAGAGCCGAGACAGAAGCCACCGAGUGUUGUUGCAAGAUUAAUGGGGCUUGAAUCCUUCCCGGUGCAGCGAUCAGUCGCAACCAGUAGAAAAAUCAGAAGCAAGGGCGGUUUGCGUGAUAGUUCAACGGGAGAACUUCGACACCUGAAAGAUGACUUUGUUGACCAUUCCAUGGCGUAUGAGAGUCGAUCUUUCGCUCAUGAAAAGAAGGAUUACAGAGAUGUUUAUGAGAUACAGCAACAACCAUCAAAGAAUGUUUGGGUCAAAGAUCAAUCUCCGGUGAAGGCGAGGCAUGAUGAGAACUCGUAUCAGAAGAGGAUGGACCUUGUUCGGCAGAAGUUCACCGAAGCAAAACGCUUGGCCACCGACGAAAAGCUUCUUGAUUCGAAGGAGUUCCAAGAUGCAGUUGAGGUUCUGAAUUCAAAUAGAGAUCUAUUUCUUCAAUUUCUGGAUGAGCCAAACUCGCUGUUCACGAAACAACGUCUCUUUGAUCUCCAGAGCAUCUCUCUUCCUUCUCCUCAGAGAACACGUAUAACUGUGCUGAAACCUUCGACUGCCAUGGAGGAAAGAAGUGACAGAAGCAUGGGGCGAGAGUUGCUUGCAGAUUCUGGUGAAAGUGUAGGAAGAGCUAAUAAGCACCAUUGGAGCUCUGGUUUCUCCGAGCCAAACGUUCAUAAACCUCAACCAACGAGGAUAGUCGUCUUAAAGCCUAGCCCUGGAAAGUUUGACGACACAAACACCAGAUUCACGGAUGGGGGAGUUUCUAGCGGAGCUCUGGUGACUGAUGAAUUGGUAGGCUCUAGAGAAGUAGCCAAGGAGAUCACUCGUCAGAUGCGGGAAAGCCUGAGUAGCAACAGGGACGAAGCCUUGUUGUCAUCGGUACUGUCAAACGGAUAUAUCGGGGACGAGAGCUCAUCCCAUAGGUCGGCAAGUGAGUUCAUGGAAGAUGAGGUUGGCUGUCUAAGCGGCUCUGAGAUUGCAACCCCGGCGACGGACUAUUCUUGGGAUUGCACCAAUAAGAUUGGUAGUCCUUUCUCAGCCUCAUCUCUUACUCGAGCAUCUCAUUCUCCUGAAUCAUCAGUUAUUACAGAAGCUAAGAAACGGAUGUCGGAGAGGUGGGCUUCUGUCGCAUCGAAUGAAAAUAGUCAAGAUCGAUUCCAAUUACAGAGGACCUUAAGCACCUUAGGAGAGAUGCUUUCCAUUCCCGAGUUAAAGAAGGAAGGAAGCAAAGAGGAGAUUUCGCUUCUUGAUAGCAAGUUAUUUACCGGAGACGAUGAUCCGAAAGUGCCCGCUGCAUUCGAGUGUACAUCUGGAACAACAAAGGAUGAACAUCCUGUGGAGAGUUCCUGCAGGAACUUAACGAGAUCAAAGUCUGCCCCAAAUUCUUCUUCAGCUUGUGAAUUUGAUGAGUCGAAUACGGAGAUCUCAAGUUCCUCGUUCGGCAAACCCAUUGAUCAGACAGAGGUUCCCAAGUCACGUGGGAGGUCAUCUUUCAGGGAUAAGGUCUCUGGUUUUUUCUUCUCCAGGAGCAAGAAACCAUGCGGAGAGAAGCCUGCCCGAUCUCUCCCAGUGUCUGAUGAUAGACUACGAUCCAUCAGUUCCGAUCUAGGUGGUAAAACAAAUGAUGAUUUGUCACGGUCCGUCGAUGAUGAUCUCUCGCAGCCCAAGCUAGGUAGCCCUGAUAAAAUGCCUCAAGGAUCUACAAAGGUGACACCAUCUCUCGAGGCUGCUCAUUCUCUCCAGAAACCUGCGAUACAUGGAACCCUCACUCAGAAUCAAGAUCGGUACAGCCAAAUUCCAGUCUUCGAAGCACCAUUAGCAGAUGGUUUGUCUCAGUCACCCGGAAAUAACAUGGCUGAACGUCCACAGGCGCUCUCUCGAUCUCCACCCAUCGAGUCGGUCGUUCGUUCCUUGUCACGGAGCACCUCCUGCUCGGAUGCAGCAUCGGCAAAGCCCUUCAACUCCUGCAUGAUGUUCUCCGAGGCGGAGAGAGAACAUGAGCAACUUGUCUUUGUCCACGAGCUGAUGGCAUCUGCUGGAAUGGACAGCAGGGAGAGCGUGGUGUUCGGCGGAUGGCAUUCGAUCGACAGCCCUUUGAAUCCGUUGUUACUGUACGAGUAUCUGCACGUGGACGAGGAGGAAGGGAAGUGCAGGGAGAGGCGAUCGGGCCGCAGGCUCCUCUUCGACGCCGUGAACGCAGCACUGCUCGAUCUCAGCCAAGCCGCACUACGCGCUGCGUAUCCGUGGAACGGACCGCGCCAUGAUGCUCGGAAGAAUGACAAAGUGGGGGGUUCCGCGGCCGACCAAGUGUGGGCGUUCGUGAGGAAUGUGUUGUCGAGUGAGAAGCGUGUACCGACGGAAUCCGCCAGCGCAGCGGUGGAGAGGUUGGUGAGGAAGGAGGUGGCGGGCAGGCAAUGGGCCGAAUCGAGCUGGUUGGAGGUGUGCGAAUUCAGCAAGGAAAUUGGUGGGAAGCUGUUGGAGGAGUUGGUGGAAGAGACACUCUCAGAAUUAUCUCGCCACUGAUCGAGCUAAGAUUUAUCCCAUUGCUCACAACAUUAAGUUCUAAUGUGCGUCGAUUGUUUAAUAUCAGUAGACAUUCUUCUAUUCACUUCA